GUAGUGGCAGCCGGUGUUGUGGUGCUGGUUGUCGUGUCGCUUCAGCAUCGUUCGAGCCCUUCCGUCGAUGACGUCCUCGGUAUGUUGCUUCUCGCGUAUCACUGACAAAGAACGUACCGCGGAGCAAGGGAAGAACAGAGAAGGAGACAGUGUGCGCGCGAAAGAGAGAGGGAAGGGGGUGUGGGAAAUAGAGAAGGUAGAGGAGAAAAAGAGACCGGUUUCUACUCUUUUCUCCAUACCCCUUUUCUGAGAGAGCCGAGCGUCGUCAACGUCACCAACGACGUGGAUAUCCUGGACGAUCAGCGCAGUAGAAAGCAAUUUCAACUUCAAUGACCAAGAUGACCGUAGGAAAGAUUUUAACAUGGAUAUCAUAUUCUCUGGUUGUAAGCGAGUGCCACAAUCGAAAGGCGCACGACGAAGAUGGCUCGAAGCUAAUACGUAUCAACGGUGACAUAAUCCUCGGUGGAAUUUUCCCUAUGCAUGAGCAGGUGUCAGGCUCGAUCGGUCAAUCGCCAUGCGGUGCGGUGAAGGAAGAAAAGGGAAUGCAACGAUUGGAAGCUAUGCUGUAUGCCCUCGACGAGAUCAAUUCAGACAAUGAUUUAUUACCAAACACCACUUUGGGUGCUCUUAUUCUUGACUCCUGCAGCAGUGAUACCUACGCUCUUGAUCAGAGCAUGGAGUUCGUCAGAUCUUAUAUGAAUCAGGAUAUAACAGAAUAUAAGUGUGAAAACGACAAACCACCGCUAUACGUGCCCCACAAACCCGUGACUGGUGUUAUAGGAGCUUCCUUCAGCGUAGUCUCCAUUAUGGUUGCAAAUAUUCUAAGGCUCUUCAAGAUACCACAAAUAAGCUAUGCGUCAACGAGCACAGAACUGUCGGAUAAAAGUCGCUUCGAAUAUUUCAGUAGAGUAGUACCGCCAGAUAAUUUUCAAGCCCAAGCCAUGGUGGAAAUCAUUCAUCAACUCGGGUGGAAGUAUGUUUCAACGGUCGCAGUUGAGGGUGAUUAUGGAGAGAAGGGUAUCGCAAGUUUUAGCGCACUGUCAAUGGAAUAUGGUAUCUGCAUAGCGGUUAGCGAGAAAAUUUUAAGAAACGCCAAAACCGAGGAUUUUGAUAGAAUUGUUGAACGGCUCAACUCGAAACACAACGCUAGAGGCGUUGUAUUAUUCGUCGAUGAGGAUAACGUAAGAAAACUUCUUCAAGCGACUGUUAAAGCGAACCGUACAGGUCAUUUCAUGUGGAUAGGCAGUGAUUCAUGGGGUGCCAAAGUGUAUCCGGUAAGGGAUCAAGAAUUUGCAGCUGAAGGAGCAAUUACAAUUUUACCUUACAGAAUAUCUCUUCAAGGUUUCGAUGAUUAUUAUUUAAAUCUUCGUCCAAGAGUGGACAACGAAUGCAAUGGUCAAUCUGAGAGCAACGUGCCACACAAACAUUUACCUGGAAAAAUCGUGAAUUGUCGGAAUCUUUGGUUUCGUGAGUUUUGGUCUCAACAUCAUAAAUGCAGUUUUAAUGCAAAUUCGUCAGCGAGUACGACUCGAUGCACUGGAACUGAGAAAUUAAUUGAUUACGAACAGGAAGGCUUAGUGCCAUUUGUAGUUGAUGCUGUUUAUGCAAUGGCACACAGUGUUCAUAAUUUAAUCGAUGAAGAAUGCAUGAACGAUGAUGGAUCGACUCAUUAUUUGUGUGAAAAACUUCGUCCAGCACCUGAUGGACACGAGCUUCUUCGACACAUACGAAAUGUCAGUUUUAUUGGUCGUCAGGGUACUGAAAUUAAAUUUAAAUCCGACGGCGAUGCUUAUGGAUUUUAUAACAUCUACCAAUAUCAAAGGAACGACGACGGACGUUUUGAUUAUGUUCUUAUCGGUACAUGGAGAGAGGAAUUAUCACUUGAUAUUAAUAUGACAAAAUGGACAGGAGGUAAUGGUGAAAUGUAUAUUCCUCGAAGUUUGUGCAGUGAGAACUGUCCGCUGGGCCAUGUUCGUAGUUUUCAGGAACCUUGUUGCUGGAGUUGCAUAGCAUGCCCCGAAGAUGCAUACGUUUUCAACGAUACUUGUCCCAGAUGCAGUUCAGGCUACGCUCCGGAUGAAACAAUGACCAGCUGUAUCAAACUCACAGCUGAAGUAAUUCCGUGGUCUAGUCCAUGGGCAUUAGUACCGCUGAUAUUCGCAUCCAUUGGUAUACUCAGUACCUUGUUCACUACGGUGGUCUUCAUUCGUUUUAAUCGAACUCCGGUAAUCAUGGCAUCGGGACGUGAAUUGUGUUACGUGUUAUUAAUAGGAAUUCUGUCAUGUUACGGUAUGAGUUUCGUUAUACUAAGCAAACCAACAACCUGGAAUUGCACCUACCUGAGAAUUGGUUUGGGCUUAUGUUUAAGCAUUUGUUAUAGUGCGAUAUUAACGAAAACAAACCGGAUGUCUCGCAUAUUCAAUCAAGGAACAAAGAGCAUAAAAAGACCAUCUUAUACAUCACCGAAGAGUCAAGUGGUGAUUGCUAUUGGGAUCACUGCAGUGCAGUUAGUUGGCGCUAUAGUUUGGCUGAUUAUCAAACCACCUGGCACCACGGAAAUUCAUCCGUAUCCGUUGUCAGCAGUACUCACCUGCCGUGUUUCCACAUUCUCUUUAAUGAUGUCCCUUGUAUAUAACAUGUUCCUGAUACUUAUGUGUACCUUAUACGCAUUCAAAACACGUAAGAUACCUGAGAAUUUCAACGAGGCGAAAUACAUCGGUUUUACAAUGUACUCAACUUGCAUUGUAUGGUUAGCUUUCGUGCCUAUUUACUUUGGCUCGAACAAUGACUACAAGGUACAGAUAGCGAGUAUGUGUAUGUGCAUCAACAUUUCUGCUUCGGUAGCUCUUGGUUGUCUGUUUACGCCAAAGGUAUAUUUGGUACUUUUUCAACCGUACAAGAACGUUCGACCUGGACAUGCCAAUACUGGGGCGCUCCAAAGCAGUAAUCGUGUAGCGUACAGUAUGCGAUUCUCUGGCGGUCGGAGUCAAACGAUGCAGAGUAUGACCUCGUGUUCACGGAGCAGUCCACCGGCAUCGCGUGCGGGUCACGAUGAAGUAAAACAUUCCAACGAGUAUCAGGUGAGAAUUCGUGAAACCGCGGUGGAGGUGUAUGACGACGAUGAAGAUGAUCGCAAGCUUUCCACUGUCCAAGAAGUAUCAGAAUCGAGAGACAUUUCCAGUCCUUCGAUGUUUACUGAGAAUUGCCGGAACCGAAGUCGCAAAUCAAUUUCCAGCGAUUCCGAUCAGUCGGGUGAUCCAACGCGUAAGAAUCGUGUGGAAACAAUUAGUUCCAUCUCCGACAAAGUGAUGUCUUAUAAAAUGGAUGUCAACAAAUUUUCCAACGAAGAUCAAACUUUCCACGUCUAUAGUGAUUCACCAACUUUCUCCGAUUUCUCAUCAUAAAGUGUAACAUUCAAUGUUGAAAUAGGGAAGUGGGAUAAAAUCGAGUAUCAAAUACAUUGAUUAUUCAAAGCUACUUCAGUGUGCAGUGUCAUCUCAUGGAUAGAGUAACAUCUAGCACCUACUUCAAAACAUAUGAAACUAAUUAAUUUAGUUCAAAAAUUUUUAUUUUAUCAGGUAAUAAACUACACAUUAAUAUUCUGGUUUUAUACCAUGCUAAAGUAUCCAAUGUGACAAAGUUUAAUAAAUCCAAUUUCUCUACGUUCUUAAAUGAUUUAAAAAAACAAUUUAUUCCUUAAAUAACUAAAUGAAAUUCCAUAUUUACCUGAAUUAAUUCGUAUGGUAUGAGGUGGAUAUGUCAUUUGUAGUCACAGCAGUAUUUCUGACCAUUAUUAAAUAAUUCUAAUAUUUAUUGUAUAAAAACAAAAAUACCUGAUUUUGCCCGACUUUUCUCUAUCGCAGAAUUGCAUAUUUAGUAUUAUGGCAUUCAAUAGA